AGCUACUUUAGUAUUAUUUGUUAGAAUAUACAAAAGUAGAAUACAAAGAUUUCACUGUUUACUAUGAUUCUAUCCUUGUUUCGUGGAUUAAGUUAUUUGCACAGACAAGGUAAAUAUUUUCUUACCCUAUCAAGGUAUUUUAACUUAUGGUAGCAGACUAGUUACUAUAUUUACUAGAUUACUAAUUAAUGCUUAUCAAAUGUUCGCUUUUUAUGAGUUUAACAACAUAAUAUUUUCCUUCUGAAACUAGGUUUUGUUUAACGGCUCCAAAUCCCAAAGAAAUUAGGAUUUGUUUGUCACUAUAAAUAUCUCAUCUUGCUGACACAAUUCUGUAUUGAAUUCUAUAAGAUCUAAGCAUAGAGGGAAAUUUGAGUAUUAUUAUGAAACGUCUGCGAAAAUUGUGUGAUAAUAAAGGUGUGGAGCUGUCUGAGGAUAUCAUAAUGGAAAUAUUGCAUCUUUUGCCUUCAAAAUCACUAGCAAGGUUUAAAUGUGUAUCAAAGUGUUGGCAAAAAUACAUUGCUGGUUGUCGUUCUCAACGAUGGAGGCCUCAACCUGAUUUCAUUGGUAUCUUUUAUCAGACAGAUAAACAUUCCCAAAUUGGUUUCUUCUUCGAAUCAAAGGAAUCAAAUAAUAAUCACAUGCAUGAUUUGGAUGAGUCAGUGAAUUUUCUUAACAGGAAAGUGUAUAUUGUUGCGUCAUCGAAUGGUUUUCUUCUUUGUACAAAAGAUAGAAAAAAACCAAGGGAUUAUUAUGUUUAUAAUCCUGCAACGAGGCAAUAUUCGUCUCUCCCUAAAACUCUAUUUUGCAUGGAAGGCGACCUAGCUAUUGGAUUUAUUUGUAAGGUAGAUGAUCCUAAUAAAGAUGUCAUCUCGUUUACUAUAGUUCGCUAUGAAAUACCUCAUCAUUGGGGUGAGUUACCGUUCACUGUAACAAUUGAAAGUUUCUUUUCCGAGACUAAUGUGUGGACUUCCAAUAGUAUAAUUUUGGAUGCACCUCUUAGACAGUACCCUUUAAACUGGGAUGCAAGAUCAUCAGAUGGUGUCAUCGAUGGAGUAUUCUGUUGGCUUGAUCAAGUUGAAAGACAAAUCACUGUUUAUGAUAGUGUCUACAAGUCUUUCUGGGCUUUGGAAUUCCCUGAAGAGAUUGAGACCACAUACAAUUCUUAUCUUGGAUUAUCUGGUGGGGAUUUCUACUUUGCAUUGAAUUACGGGGAGGAGAUUACUGUGUGGAAACUCGAGAGUAAUAUUCGUAGUCGAGUUGCAGUAUGGGUUGUGAAGUAUGAUGCGGAUGUUGCCGCUACAGUUCUUCAAUGUCCGGAGGCGUUUGGACUUGGAGGUGAUACACUUCGUGUUGAGGCUUUUGGAAUUACAGGCUCUAUUUGUAUCGAGGUGCUGAAUAUGGUUAUUCAUCCUGUUUUCCCGCACAUCUUUUAUUUGGAUAUAAGAGGCAAGGUUAUUUCUUAUGACUUGGAAACGGAUACUGCAGAAUUUGUGUAUGAUUUUAAAGAACCUUGGUGGAAAACAGUACACUACAAGUUAUUUCCUUAUGAGUGGCAUCAAUGGCCACGUCUUCUGUCGACUGUCAAUUAGUGGUGUUGGCUAUUACUACCUAUUAAUUUGUAGCACUUUUAAUGACAAUUUC